UCCCAAUAAUCAAACAAAGUCUGGUAAAAGAAAACUAGAAGAGACAACAAUGGCAGCUCGAUAUCAAAAUCGUGAUUUAUUGGUUAUCUUGAUGUUUCUUCUUUCAGUAGGGCCUAAAUAUUCAGAGUCAGCAAGAGUUUUCACCAUAAUAAACAACUGCAAAGAGACAAUCUGGCCUGGUGUCACACCAGGAGAGAACUUCAACGGUGGAGGCUUCUCAUUAAAGCCCGGCGAAUCCAAGAUUUUCACAGCUCCUGUAAGUUGGUCAGGCAGAAUAUGGGGCAGAACAGGAUGCAACUUCGACAGAAACGGCAAUGGAACAUGUCAAACCGGCAGCUGUGGCACAACCCUCAAAUGUUCAGCCUCCGGAAAACCACCAGCCUCACUUGCUGAAUUCACUCUCACAGCACAAGAUUUCUAUGACGUUAGCCUCGUCGAUGGAUUCAAUUUGCCAAUCGUCGUGACACCGAUUAAUGGUAGUGGAAAUUGCAGCAUUGCAGGAUGUGACAAUGAUUUAAGGCCUAAUUGCCCUCAAGAGCUCUCUGUUAAGGCAAAUGGGAAAACUGUGGCGUGCAGGAGUGCUUGUGAUGUGUUUAAUACAGAUGAAUAUUGUUGCCGGGGAGUUUUUGGGAAUCCAGUAACUUGCCAACCUACAUUUUACUCCAAGAGAUUUAAGCAGGCAUGCCCUGCAGCUUAUAGUUAUGCAUACGAUGAUCCAACCAGUAUAUUUACCUGCUCUGGGACGGAUUAUGUGGUUGCAUUUUGCUCAUCAAGGCGUCAGCCUGUUUGCACCUAUCACAACCACAAACUCGUUUGCAGUGAUUCAAAGGGUAUAAAAGGAUUGAUAGGUAUGCAGUGGAUGAUGAUUUUUGGAAUAGCAAUAUUGACAACAAAUUUGUGGUUAUAUCUUUGAACAUACAAUUCGUCAUCGGUUCAUCUUCGACCUUUUAAUGAUUGUAUAGCUAGAUAGUCACCUUGUUCUUUGCUUGUUUGUACCCUCCUACUUUUCUUGAGCCUUAAGGGAUGAUGCCCGGAUUCUUUACUUGUAAAUGGUAUAUCUCGAUCUAUUAGAAAGUUAUUUGUGCAUGAAAAUAUAUUCACAUCUUCUUUGCA